ACCUUUCUCGGUUGCUCCGCUACUAGCCUACUAGGGUUUUUGGUGUUCAUUCUUUCGUUGGAGAAACUCGUACUCGGCCAUGGCGUUCUCGACUCUUAUCAGAUCUGCAGCUCCUUUGAUCGAAGGAUCUCGCUGUGAGCUCUCUCCCUUUGAUUCUGGAGUUCGUGGUCCUGAAUUCUGCAAGGUAUCUCGUGUUAGCGUUAAUCGAAGUCUGGAUUCGGUUAGGCUUGACACUAGCAUUUUCGGUACCAGUGUUUCUUGUAAAUCAUCUUCCAUACAGAAAUGCAGCGCCAGGAGUAUUCAGCCUAUCAGAGCCACAGCUACAGAGGUGCCCUCGACAGUUCAGAAAUCACGGAGCAGUAGCAAAACAAAGAUUGGAAUCAAUGGUUUUGGUCGCAUUGGGAGGUUGGUCUUGCGUAUUGCGACAGCUAGGGAUGACAUUGAGGUUGUAGCUGUCAAUGAUCCCUUUAUUGAUGCGAAGUACAUGGCUUACAUGUUCAAGUUUGAUUCAACACAUGGUGGAUUCAAGGGAACCAUCAAUGUUGUUGAUGAAUCUACUUUGCAAAUUAAUGGGAAGCAGAUUAAAGUUACCAGCAGAAGGGAUCCAUCAGAAAUCCCAUGGGGUGAUUAUGGGGUUGGCUAUGUUGUUGAGUCAUCAGGUGUUUUUACAACUUUGGAAAAAGCAUCAUUUCACUUGAAGGGUGGAGCAAAGAAAGUGGUUAUAUCAGCUCCAUCAGCUGAUGCGCCUAUGUUCGUUGUGGGAGUAAACGAGAAGACAUACAAUCCUAGCAUGAACAUUGUUUCUAAUGCAAGCUGUACCACCAACUGUCUUGCUCCUCUUGCGAAGGUUGUCCAUGAGGAGUUUGGUGUCGUUGAAGCUCUCAUGACAACUGUGCAUGCAACUACAGCAACACAGAAGACUGUAGAUGGGCCCUCGAUGAAGGACUGGCGAGGUGGCCGUGGUGCUGCGCAGAAUAUCAUCCCUAGUUCCACUGGGGCAGCAAAGGCUGUUGGAAAAGUUCUUCCAGAACUCAAUGGCAAGCUCACUGGGAUGGCCUUCCGUGUCCCAACAGCAAAUGUUUCAGUUGUGGACUUAACUUGCCGACUUGAGAAAAGUGCUUCAUAUGAGGAUGUGAAAGCUGCAAUAAAGCGGGCAUCAUCAGGACCUUUGAAAGGCAUUCUUGGAUACACAGAUGAAGAUGUCGUUUCUACCGAUUUUGUUGGCGACUCCAGGUCAAGUAUAUUUGAUGCGAAGGCUGGAAUUGGACUGAGUGCCUCCUUCAUGAAGCUUGUUUCAUGGUAUGACAAUGAGUGGGGUUACAGUAACCGAGUGUUGGACCUGAUCGAGCACAUGGCAUUGGUGGCUUCUCAGAACUGAAUGAGUCGCUCUGGCCACAUUUUUUAGGUUCAGGACCAGUUUUGGUUACUGCUGCUGAGCUUUUAGUGAGGCUUAUCUAUUGUUGAAGAGAUUGGUUAAUUAUAGAUUUUAAUAGAGGACAGUUUUGGAGGGUUGAAUUGAAUAGCUGUUUGUUACCUAAAGAGUUUGGGGGAGUAACUAUGGCUGAUGAGCCAAUCAGAAAUAUAGCCAGAUGAGACAUCAAAAAGGUUGUCUCAAAUUCAUAGCUUAAAUAAUGCAUUUUCUUCAAUGUAAGAGUCCAAUGCAA